GGAUUUACGGCAAAACUUCGUGAAAUUUCUGUAUACUUUAAUGAUGAUUGCGUGAUUUGUAUUUCGAAAGAAAUUAUUGGUCUUUCUCGAUCUAUUACAAUUAAAUCUGACAUAGACAAAGAAUCUCCAAAUAAAAUGUUUAAACUUGAAUCGGCCGUUGUGCGUAGCGUUAAAUUUGACGCUUAUAAGACUGUUAUCCCUCCCGGAACAAUAUCACUUAGCAAUUGCUUAAAGAAAC